AUGAAGUUUGGAACUCUUCUCGAGCUCAACUCGAACGUUGAAUGGUGGAAUCACUACGUCGACUAUGACGCUUUGAAAAAGCUCUUCCCCUCAGUCCCCCUCGACCCGACCUACCUCGCGACCCAGCAGCACGCCGAGCAGGGAUCCCUGUUACCGGUCCACCGUGCAGAGUCGGCAAAAUGGGCCACGCCAGAGCAAUUCCGCGCCGCCCUCGACCGCGAGCGCGCAAAAGUCGACGCCUUCUACACUCAAAAGUUCAACGAGCUCCGCACUCUGGACCAGUUGAUUGAGGAAGAGGUCCACUCGAUCGAGCUGCGCGAGCUUCACGGUGCCAGUGAAGAGGACGUUAUCCACGAGGAGGAUGAGGAUGCCGACGACCUGGACGAAGGCGACCACCUCCUUCCUCGUUCCGCCCACACCACCCCCGCCCGCACUGCUCGCAAACGCGCAUCUCUCCUCGGCCGCUUACCCAGACUCGUUGGCCGCCGCACGAGCGUACAGCAGGGUGAUGCGCACGCCGCCGACAUCUUCGAGUCGACACUACCUGCGCCCGUGCGCACCCAGAACUCGCGCCAGCGCUCGCGUUCUAUCGCCACCCCGAAUGUCACCGAGGACGAGGCCCCCUUGUCGCCUGCCCGGUCCCGCGCACCCUUCCACCGCCGCGCUUUAUCAGAUCUCUCGUCGGCCGAUGAUCCCCACGACCGCCGCACGUCCUUUUCGUCAGUGUCCACCAGCGGCUGGGGCAAGCGCCAGCACAAGCUCGGUCUCAUGCCAAUAGACCCCUCAACCUACCCCGCCUGGCUCCAGCUCGAGAUUGGCGAUGACGAGGAGGCUGGUGGGCCCCACGACGCUGCCUACUUCAACUGGACCGGCAGCAGCGACUACGCCACCGUCCUGCGCAUUGGCUUCAAGAAGCGAGUAUCGCAUCUCUGGCUCGACCUGUACGCCCUCAAGCAGUACGUCGACCUCAACCUCACCGCUUUCGAGAAGAUCUUGAAAAAGUACGACAAGAAUACCAACUCGAAGCUCAAGAAGCCCUACAUCACUGACAAGGUGCUCACAACGUACCCCUGGACCAACGAGGCCAAGGCAGAGCUCGACACUUUGCUUGCAAAGGUUCUCUUCCUCUACCGCCGUGUCGUUGUCGCUGGUGAUGAGGACCUUGCCAAGGAGCAGCUCCGUGCCCAGCUUCGUGAGCGCAUCGUCGUCGACCGCGAGACUGUCUGGUCCCAGAUGGUCGGCGACCGCCGUGGUCAGGGCAUCUUCCGCUCGGUCGAGCCAGAAGAAGAGCUCCCAGCCUUCGAGCAGCCAAAGCCUGGAAUCAGGACACCCUGCGGCCGCAUCGUGUUCCCCAAGUUCAUCUCGACCCGCGGCAUCAUCUUCCUCAUCGCUCUUGGAGCGCUCUUUGGCAUCAUGUGGGCCCAGCCAUUCGACCGCGUCGAGGAGAGCAACUGUCUUGCGCUUCUCGUAUUCUGCACCAUUCUCUGGGCGUCCGAGGCCAUCCCCCUGUUCGUCACGUCGCUCAUGGUGCCCUUCCUUGUCGUCGUCCUCCGCGUCCUCCGCUCGACUGACGGUGAAGAUACUCGCCUGCCUGCCAGCGACGCGACCAAGUACAUCUUCUCGCAAAUGUUCUCGCCCACCAUCAUGCUCCUCAUUGGAGGCUUCACGAUCGCUGCUGCUCUCUCCAGGACGCGUCUCGACCACAUGUCGGCCUCGCGCAUCAUGAACGCUGCUGGCAGCAACCCCAGUGUUGUGCUGCUCGUUCUCAUGCUUGUCGCCACCUUUGCCUCAAUGUGGAUCUCCAACGUUGCCGCGCCGACCCUCUGCUACGCUCUCGUCCGCCCCAUUCUCGACGAGCUGCCGCCCAAGUCUGUCUUCUCCAGGUGCCUCAUCAUUGCCAUUGCCCUUGCGUCCAACAUUGGUGGCCAGGCGUCGCCCAUCUCGUCGCCUCAAAACUUGAUCGCCCUUGGCUCCAUGGUGCCCGAGCUCACCUGGUUGCAAUGGUUCGCCAUCUCCAUCCCCGUGUCUCUCACCUCGAUCAUUGUCAUCUGGGCUUUCCUGCACAUCAACUACAGAUGGGAGAGCGACCUUCGCAUUCCCAAGAUGCGCAAGAACACCGACAGCCUCAAGAAGAAGCACUACUUUGUGCUGUUCAUCACUCUCCUUACCAUUGCCCUCUGGUGCAUUGAGAAGAACAUUGAGAGCUCGGUGGGCGACAUGGGUAUCAUUGCUAUUAUCCCCCUGGUUGCCUUCUUCGGCACGGGUAUCCUGCGCAAGGAGGACUUCCACGACUUCCAGUGGCCCAUCGUCUUCCUUGCCAUGGGUGGCAUCGCCCUCGGCAAGGCCGUCCUGUCGUCGGGUCUCCUCGAGUCUCUCGACCACGUCCUGGAGCGCCUCGUCGACGGCAUGGGUCUCUACAAGAUCCUGAUUGUCUUCUCGUCCAUCGCACUUGUUAUCGCCACCUUCAUUUCUCACACCAUUGCUGCUGUCCUGCUUGUGCCGGUUGCCUCGCGCAUUGGAGAGUCGCUUGCCGACCCCCACCCACGUCUGCUCAUCAUGGCCACUGCCCUCAUCUGCUCGGCCGGUAUGGGUCUGCCCGUCUCGGGCUUCCCCAACAUGACCGCCAUCACGCAGGAGAACAAGCUGGGCCACCGCUUCAUCAACGCGAGCGACUUCCUCAAGAAUGGUGUCCCCGCGUCCAUCCUCGCGACCUUUGUCAUUGUCACGAUUGGCUAUGCCAUCAUGCGUUCGCUUGGCAUGUAA